AUGUCUACUAGGAAUGAACAACAUCAAACGGUUCCGCUUUCAGUUCUUUUGAAGCGUGAGUUGAUGAAUGAGAAAAUUGAGAAGCCUGAGAUUGCUCAUGGUCAAGCUGGCCAAAGUAAGAAAGGAGAGGAUUUAACGUUGCUGAAGGCUGAGUGCCAGAGGAUGGUUUCUGAUGGGGUCUAUACAUAUUCUGUUUAUGGGCUAUUUGAUGGACACAAUGGAUCUGCUGCUGCUAUUUAUUCUAAGGAGAAUCUUCUAAAUAAUGUUUUAAGUGCAAUUCCGCCUGAUCUUAAUGGAGACGAGUGGUUGGCAGCAUUGCCUAGAGCUUUGGUUGCAGGCUUUGUAAAAACUGAUAAAGAUUUUGCACAGAAUGGACAAAAAUCAGGAACAACUGUAACCUUUGUGAUUAUCGAAGGAUGGGUUGUAACGGUUGCAUCAGUUGGUGAUUCCCGCUGCGUACUAGAAUCUUCUGAAGGUGGGGUUUAUUACUUGUCAGCAGAUCAUAGGCUAGAAACAAAUGAAGAGGAGAGGGUUCGUAUCACUUCUAGUGGGGGUGAGGUUGGUCGUUUAAAUACAGGGGGAGGUGCAGAGGUUGGUCCCUUGAGAUGUUGGCCUGGUGGCUUGUGCCUUUCACGGUCUAUUGGAGAUAUGGAUAUUGGUGAAUUUGUUGUCCCUGUACCACAUGUAAAACAAGUGAAGCUGUCCACUGCUGGAGGCCGGCUUGUUAUCUGCAGUGACGGUGUUUGGGAUUCUUUACCUGCAGAAGUGGCUCUUGAUUGUUGUCGUGGCAUGUCAGCAGAGGCUGCUGCACCACAGAUUGUAAAAGUGAGAUAA